UGGACCGCUCUGGCUACUAUUGUCUGAAUCACUUGAUAAAAUGGCGUACAUAUUAUCGCUAUCAAAGAUGUAUAAGGUAGGUGCUGAGAUGAGACCGUGGAGAAUGGCUCAUGCAAACACGCUUAUGCGAAUGUUUGCGAACACACGCACUAUCCCCACAAGCUCGGGCGUAUAUCAACUGAGCACACUUCGAUCGAUUUCCUACACAAGAGCGUAUACAACCACGCCGUUCGACACAACAAGUGGCAGUUUCAUCAAUACCGCAGAUAAAACAGAUUAUAAUACUGAGGAAGCCCUGAGUGUACAAGUGGAACAAUACUGGCGCAAUGUGAAUAAGUAUCUAGACAAUGACGAUGGGAGCUAUCUGGCUGAAUCACGGGCCAAAGGGACGAUGAAUCCAGAAAACAUCAAGGAUCUAAUAAACAAGGCGGUGAAAAUCAAGCGAUCUCUCACAUCAGAUAUCCUGCCAAACAUAGUCACCACAAACCUGAUGGAGUCAUACAGACGACACGGUGACGAUGUCAAACAGCGGUUCUUCGAGGUGUUGUACCAGGAUUUUGACGUAGAUGAGCGAGAACUGGAGGCAGCCAUGGGCAACCUACAGAAAGAGCUGCGCAGCGGGCAAGAACAUAUUGCCCAUGCUAAGGCUAUGAUGAGAUUGAGGUUAGCGUCUGAACCGGUGUACAACAGUCUCUUCACUCAGAUCGCGCGACACGCCGGCGGCAUCAAGUGCGUCAUCGACAUGCGUGCAGACCUGCUACGGAUCAAGCGCAAGACAGAGGACCAGAAUGCCAAGGCCGCCUUCAAGUGCCUGGACGACUGUCUCAUGCGCAUGCUGAUGGAGUGGUUUAAUAUCGGGUUUCUGGAUUUGCGACAGAUCACGUGGAACUCCCCCGCCGCCUGGCUGGAACAGGUGUAUAAGAACGAGCAAGUGCACAAGGUCAGUGACUGGCAGGAUCUCAAACGGCGUGUGGGUGAGGACCGCAUGGUCUUCGGCUUCUUCCACAGGUCGCUACCAGAUACGCCGUUGGUCAUAGUACACGUGGCUCUCACAAGCGCACUCUCCAGCUCAGUCCAGGCACUACUUGGGCCUGAGGCCAAACUAGACACCGCCAAGGUCCAUGCGGCCAACUUCUACUCAAUCAACUCGACCCAGAAGGGACUCAGUGGAGCUGAUCUGGGCAAUUUUUUGAUUAAGCGAGUGAGCGUAGUGCUUAAACAUCGCUUCCCGAAUUUAGAGAUUGCUAGCACGCUCUCGCCCGUACCAGGUUUCCGGUCCUGGCUAGAAACUCAGUUUAAACUGAGCGCGACGUCUACUUCAGCCGAUAACUUACUCAAACCGGACGAGGCCGAACGCAUCAGCAGCGCCAAACCAGGCCAUACCACACCCACCGCAGCACUCAAGGCGGCUCUCUCGGAUGACCAGUGGAGUGGAGACUUGGCCCCUGUGACAAAGCCGAUACUUCUGCGGCUGUGUGCCAGAUAUCUCGUGUUGGAGAGAAACCGCAAAUUUGCGCUAGACCCCGUGGCCAAUUUUCAUAUCCGGAACGGGGCGUCUGUGUAUCGUCUCAAUUGGUUGGGCGAUACCAGCGACAGAGGCAUGCAGCGGUCGUACGGUAUCAUGGUCAACUACAGAUACGAGGAAGAAAAGGUGGAGGUCAACAACGCCCGUUAUCUGAUGGAUGCCCACAUUUCUGUAUCAGAGGAAAUUCAAAAACUGCUCGAUUAGAUCGACUUCGGAAUCCAACAACUCAGAAUGGUAGACAAACAGUUUAACUUUUGUAGCAAGUCAAUAAACCUAGCGGUGAGUAUGGUAGCUCUGCAUAGCACCUUAAAGUUGUACAGGUUAGAGACUAUUGCAAUCAGACAGUACAUGGUCUUGAUAUCACAGUGCAGGCAUGCCGCUGGGACAACACUUCAAACGUCGCGACUACAGUCGACUACGCGGUCUAAGGGUUUCUAUGGGAUCUACACAAGUGCAUUUACAUUGUGCAGCCGGAAUCGGCGGUGACUAGCGUCCCACAAAAUGUACGCAUUACGGCUACCUAUAUCACAUGUUGCAUAUAUAUAUAUAUACAUAUAUGUAGUAUUUAUAUAUCAUAUAUAUCACAUGUAGC